CAGCAAUUCAUUGUAUUCCGCCUUUCAACGUGUGAACAUACAACCGCUCAGAGACAUGGCUGAAGCCGCUCCAGCUGCCGCCGCUCCGCCGGCUAAAGCUCCCAAAAAGAAAUCGGCGUCUAAGCCCAAGAAAACGGGGCCGAGCGUCAGAGACCUCAUCGUCAAGACUGUGUCCGCGUCCAAGGAGCGAAGCGGCGUGUCCCUCGCCGCCCUGAAGAAGAAGGCUCUUUCUGCGGGCGGCUACGAUGUGGAGAAGAACAACUCCCGCGUCAAGCUCGCCAUCAAGAGUUUGGUGACCAAUGGCACCCUGGUCCAGACCAAAGGUACCGGCGCCUCCGGCUCCUUCAAGCUCAACAAGAAGCAAACCGAGACCAAGAAGAAACCCGCCAAGAAAACUCCCGCGAAAGCAAAGAAGCCUGCAGCCAAGAAACCCGCCGUCAAGAAAUCCCCCAAGAAGGCGAAGAAACCGGCCGCCACCGCUGCAAAGAAGGCGACAAAGAGCCCCAAAAAGGUGAAGAAGCCUGCUGCUGCCAAGAAACCAGCCAAGAGCCCCAAGAAAGCAAAGAAGCCUGCAGCCAAGAAACCAGCCAAGAGCCCCAAGAAGGCCAAGGGAGCCAAACCCAAGACGGCAAGGCCCAAAGCAGCCAAGCCUAAAAAGUCGGCUCCCAAAAAGAAAUAAGCGAUUAAAACGAAAAGCUGG